GAUUGCACUAGUAACAAAUCAGAAACAUGUGCUCACUUUUGUAUGACUUGUUUAUGCUGUGGUAUGAAGAGUGAGCCUCUCUUGGCAUGCAGACAAGACUACAGAAAUUCAGCCCAAGUGUUUAUUUUAAAUGAAAGAAGUUUGUUAUCACAUGAAGCGGCACUAAUUUAAACACAGUAGCAGUGUGUGUGUGUGACAAUGUGGUGAUAGGAAAUCUAAUGUUGUAGUUAGAGUGGAUUAUUUAAUUAACCAAAAUGAAAACAACCUCUUCUGUAAGUGCAGAGUGGAAACCCAGAAACGACUCAUAACAAAAAAAAACUCCAGUCUGGAUAAAUUCCAACAAGCCGAGCCUGUAGAUCCAUCUGUGCUUCUCAGUUGUAGACUGUGUGCAUUAUACAAACACAGCCUUAUUUGAACCAGGAGCCUGCUGUGUAGCCAGAACAUGUGUGGCUGACCCCUGAGGAGAGGCACACUGUGCUAGCCUCAGAUGUGGUGCGUACACCUUCCUGAAGUUUAUGAUGAUGUGGACGCUGGUGCUGCUGGCAGAUUUCAUCCUUGAAUUCAGACUGGAGUACUUGUGGCCGUGCUGGCUCUUCUUUGGGAGUGUAUACACCACUUUCCACUGCCACGGGCUGGUUAUCUGUGUUGUUUUUGUUUGUGCUGCCUUCACUCUGGACAUCUUUUGUUUAAUUUUUGUUCCUUUGCACUGGCUGUUCUUUGUGGCAAGCACCUAUGUGUUAUUUAAUUACAUAUGGCACACUGAGAAAGGCAUCUGUAUAUCGACGGUGUCCCUGUGGAUUCUGCUUGUGUACACAGAGGCUUCACUUCGACUCAGAGACCUUAAAACCUCUCAUGCCAAUCUGUCUCAUCUUUUUGCUGCACACUGCAUUGGAUAUCCUGUAGUGUAUCUGGGGUUUGAUGCCACCUGCUACUUCACCAACAUCUUCAAGCUGCGCAUACAGAAAGCUGUGCAGAGUGAGAAUGAUUUCCACAUGCACCUCCUGCAGCACUCGCUCCCUCCAGGCCUGCAGGUUUACCCCAAGACUGGCACAGAUGGCAGCAGCAGCUCAAAGUGGAAAAUAAAGCCUGAGUCGACCCAGUAUCAGUGUCAGAACGGCGCUGUAGUGGCCCAUGAUGAGGUGCACUCUGUGGACUGCCUCCAGAUCCGCAGUGAGGAGAAAGCAUUGGAGAAGGGAACACAGGAGGUGAGGUCAGCUGAAUUAAACCGGCGUCCAUUAUCAUCCAAACCUAGUGAGUCCAGAGAGCUGCUCCACUGUGGGGCAGGAGGACCGGAAUCCUCUACAACCCUGGAAAAUCUACCUCAAGAUGAGCAAGGAAGCAAAGCCACACGGGCGGCUAAAAGCUCCUCGCCAAAAGCCCGCAGAGGCAGCACGAACACUCCUUCACCACCUGCAGGGAGGACUGAGAAGAAGCAGAGAUCCAGCUCAAAAACACUCAGCCCCAACCGGGACGUAACAGAGAAGAGUGCCACAGCAGCUCAGAAUCACCACACUGAACAGAUGACCAAGCUGGAACAGGAGCUGAGGAGGCUGAAGGGUGAGCUGCAGGUGAGCAGGCAGAGCGAGCAGGAGCUGCGAAGUCACAUCUGCAACUUGACCAACAGCGAGAGGAGCCUGAGACCAGAGGUUUCCCUGCUCAGACAGUCCAACAUGCUGCUCCAGAGCAAGAUUCUGUGUCUGACUAAAACCAAGCAGAGGGACAAACAGAGCAGUGCGAUGCUGGAGAAGAAGACCAGAUCAGAGACGGAGGCCAGAGUCUCUGUUGAAAAACAGUUGGCUGAGCUUCAGGCUCAGAAACUGGAGGAAGCAGCCAGCACAGCACGAAGUCUAACAAACAGGCAGGAACACUGUGAGACCCAAAUGUUAAGGAAAAGAGUUAAAGAUCUAGAGACAGAGUACAAACAACUACAGCUCGAGUGUCAAGUGAAAGAGAGUCGUGUGGUAGAUCUAGAGAGUGAUGUUGAGGCUCUGGGAAAAUACCGCUGUGUGGAGAAAGAGACGGACAUGCUGCUGUCCACUCUGUCAGCCAUGCAGGAGAAAGCUCAACAUCUGGAGUACAACCUGAGCGCAGAGACUCGCAUCAAACUGGACCUGUUCUCGGCUCUAGGAGACGCCCGCCGACAGCUGGAAAUCGCUCAAGAUAAAGUGAUGAGGCAGGACCGGGAAAUAAAGGAGAUGAAGCAGAAGAUUGCGGAGGUGAUGGCCGUCAGUCCAGGCUUAUCCUACAUGGCUCCUCGGCCUCCGGUGCCGCAGUAUCUCACCAAGCUACUCAACUCUGAGCGUUACAUGCUGAAUCCACGAGCGCUGAUGUACCAGUGUCUGAAGAAAUAAAGGAUGUCAUCGCCUUUUUUUGAUCUUUAGACCCCUCUACAUAAAACAUCAGGGCAAGGGGCUAAUGGAUUUUUAUUACAGAGCUAAAUGACACCAUGAAGUCAUCUACUUCCAGCCAUGAGUGGAACCAGAAUGAACCUCCACAAGUCAAAUGCCUUUUGCUGCACUGAUGGUGCUACCUUUACAUUAUUAUAUUUCCUGUUUCCUCCAACAUCAAGGGUUGAAGUUUUUUUUUACUCGAAAACAAUCUGAUAUGCAGAGCUGCUGUAGACACAAUUUAUAUGUAAAGAUACAGCAUAAACCAUCUAGUUGGGAUGCAACCGAAAAAAGCACAUUUCUUCAAAUUCAGACCCUAUAAAUUUGUCUAAAUGAAUGAUUUCUGGAUAACUUCAAAAUGGACAAGUAGAUGAACAUUGUUUACAUACUGUAGCUUUAAAAGACAGAUUAACUCUGUAUUAUAUAUUUUCAGGCAUGACAGUAAAACUACACACUUACACACUACAAAGUUGUAAGAUUUUAGGGACUAUAAUAACCUUUUUUUUAUUCAAGUGUCCCAGGUAGACAUGACAGUGAGCCAGCAUGCACAAUACCAGGACCCUGUAACUGAAGCAGCUAAAUGGAAUUCAGCUAUCAUUACUUUCAUUAUUUACACCUGUGCUUUUCCUACUGUGACAUGUCAAAAUGUUAUAAAAAUAAGAUUUCAUGCUGCAACAGAUUUUGGUAAAAUAUGUUUCUGACUUAAUACCAAUAUAUGAAUGUCUCAAUAUGAAUAUAGAGAGAUGAUACAUGAUAAUAUUGAAUUAUCCCCAAACCCUAGUUAGUUGUGUUUAUGGACUUCCCUUGAAUUUUAAGACUGAAAUAAACAAUUAUUUGAUAAAAUACAAAUAUUAGGUCGAGACAAUAUUCUAUUUACAUUUCUCUCAAAGCAUAAAUUGAAUUAUUAACCAACAACAUCAUUAUGCUCAAUCUUUAAGAAAAGUAUGUCUGUUCCUGUAAAUGGUGGAUUAAGAAUAUUUAAAUUGUGCUGAAAUUAUGAUCAAAUUACCACUUUUUAAAAUCUAAACGUGUUUUGGAAUGAGAACCUUCAGAGUUGCAGAUAUUUUGAUUUAACAGGUGUCAUUUUUGUGUGAAGCUUCCUGCCUUCAAUCUGGGAGUUUCUUGAGAACAAUGUGCAGUGAUGUUUAAUUGUCGGCAUGACCAGAUAAAGUUGAGGAGGAACAGUAAAAAGAGUUCAUAGUGAGUAGCAAUUCUUUCUCUUUGUUCCAACUGACAGCUAACAGCUACAUUUGGCAGCUCUCGGCUCCACAGUGGCAAACCUCUGAAAAGGGAGAAAGUGCGAAUAAGAGAACUGAAUGGUUUCCACUUUGUUUGCAAGAAUUAGACUUCGUUCAUGAAUUAAAGUGGAGUUGU